AUGAAUUCUCUUCGUGAUCAUCAUAAAUGUCCAUACGAAAAUUAUUAUACACAUCAAGCUGGGUCAGGAGUUGGAGUAAUUUAUAAGGGUGCACCAUACCAACACGGUCAUGGUAUUGGGAGCUCCUUGGGGGGGGGGUUAUUUAGAUCAGUUUUACCUUUACUUUCAAGUGGUGCUCGAGUGAUUGGUAAGGAGGCAUUAAGCGCUGGAGUAGGACUUUUAUCGGAUAUGGUUCAAGCGCGCCCUAUGGAAUCCUCAAUAAAAGAUCGUCUAAAGCAAGUUAGUACAAAUUUAAAACGAAAGGCUGAUGAGAAAAUUGAUCAAUUUAACAUGACAGGAUCUGGGUAUAAAACUAAAAGAAAACGAUUGACCUCGUUCAUUCCUCCAUUAACUGCUAAAGUGCAAGCUGCGAAAAAACUUGGUCACAAACCAAAAAAUAUCAAAGAUAUAUUUUCAAAUUAA